AUGGCUGACCCAGACAGCCCAGGUUGGAAAUGGUUUCCCAACGUCAAAGAUAACUGGUCUCUCGAUGUUGUGACUCUUCUCGCCGUCAUCGGCGAAUCGUCUAUGGCUGAACAGACUCAGACCAUCACAGCUUCUUUACUAUGUCUUCUUCCACGACUGAUCCCAGCCCCUCAAGCCCUUCUCAAACCUUCACGUCCAAGCCGAAUGCCUGAGACUCUUGCGAAGAUGACGGGCGUCUAUAGUGGGACUACUCUCGACUCCGUAGGGUUCUUUGCGACUAUCAUCACUCCUCUCGACUCUCUUCACCCUUUCAGCUUUCGCGUUCUGGAUAUCAAACAUACCGACCCAUCUCAUUUUGGCGGAAUUGACAUGAACCCUCCUUCUGCCCAAGAAACUUGGUCUACACGAAGUAUCAACUGGGUAAAGUCUAGACGUUCGAGUUCCCACAACCAGGACCGUCAAACAGCUGGGAAAGACAGUCGUAUUCCGCGAGCUCCCAAGACAGACGAUGGCCUCCCUUUACCCGUACAAGCAAACUCGCCCCCUACGGCACGUACAACGACUUUCAAGCUACCAGAUCAAUCCCCAGGAGACGAAGAUGCUCCUAAAAUGAUAGUCCGCAGGCCUACGGCUAAGCAGAAGGUCCAGGACAUGCUUGCAAACCCUACUUUUGCCAACACCAAGAGGCGCCCUGCGGUUCCGGCCAAGCUCUUCUCGCCAAUCCACAUUCUCUCAGUCUUUUCGUGUCUCUUGAGCAUAGCCAUCGUAGUAUGUGCUGUGGUAUGGAAAGACGGCAACGCUAUCUUGUCCGUAUCUCUCAUAUCCUUUGCCUCAACUGUGGUGGGCUAUGCCUCGUUCUGGCAUCCCAUUCUCAUGAACCGAAAACAUACGAACGAGGUUCCCCGAGGCGACGUCAUGAUACGAACCCGAGAAGGGGCGUUUCUUCUCAUCAAGUGUACCGAAGAGGUUGCCCGAGAGCUGUACUCAGGCACGGAAGAGUGUCACUACCAUGUUGGCGGUCGAACAUACAGACUGCUUAUGGCUCUCGGGACGACACUGCUCAUGUUAAGCGUCGUUCUUUUCGGUAACUGCACGUGGAACUCGCAGAUAUUCAUCGGCGGCAGCUACAUUGUCCUUAAUGGACUCUAUUGGGGUCUGGGUAUGAUCCCACGUACCUACUUCUGGGAUCUUUCACGAUAUCAGUGGGAAGAUGUUACCCCUGAUGAUGCCAAGAAUGCGCAUCAAAUCACCGAUGAGAACGACCAGCGCGAGGGAUAUCCUAGCUUUACACGAACGCUUUGGUAUGCAAUUCGCGAAACUCAACGAACAGGCUGGGUUAACGCCAGUGGUGCAGCACCCGGCACAGACCAGUGGAAGACGUGGCUCAAGGAGGCUUUGGCGAAUGCCAAGAAAGGAAACAGAUCGUGGAACUCGGUGGCUAGGAAGGAUGUAAUUGUCAAGGAGAGUCUUGCGGCCGACGAGGACUUUGAUGAGGCGGCUCAGCAUGCGCCGGCCACUGAAGUUCAGACCAAGGCUGUCACGAGACAGAGCCAUGAUAGAGAAAGGGACGGCUCAACAUUCUGA